ACUGGUCUCAUUGCGUUUUUUGUUCCUGUGUGUGAUACUCUUCGAAUUCGAGAGAGAGAGAGAGAGAGAACAUGUGGUGGUUUGGCAGAAAAGGCCCGUCUGGGUUCUCAUACUUCUCCACAGCUGAGGAAGUCACCAAUGGAGUCGACGGUUCUGGUCUCACUGCCAUUGUUACAGAUGUAGGAGCCAAAUGGGUGCAAUAGCUGGGAAUUCUCUGUUACGACUCUGGAACAUUACAAUAGCAGAUUACUGGAGCAUCGAGUGGUAUUGGAGCUGAAACUGCCCGUGUCCUUGCAAUGCGUGGUGUGCAUGUUGUCAUGGGGGUAAGGAAUCCAGUUGCAGGUGAAAAAGCUAAAGAAGCAAUAGUCAAGGAAAUACCAUCUGCUAAAGUUGAUGCCAUGGAGUUGGAUCUCAGUUCAAUGGCAUCUGUAAGGAAAUUCGCAUCGGAGUUUACUUCAAAUGGUCGCCCAUUGAACCUUCUAAUUAACAAUGCAGGUAUAAUGGCGACCCCUUUCGUGCUUUCCAAAGACAACAUAGAACUACAGUUUGCCACAAACCAUGUGGGACAUUUCCUUUUGACACAUUUGUUGUUGGACACCAUGAAGAAAACAGCACGUGAAAGCAACAAAGAAGCACGUGAAAGCAACAAAGAAGGUAGGAUUGUGAACGUUUCAUCGGAGGCUCAUCGGUAUGCAUAUCGUGAAGGAAUUCGUUUUGAUAAACUCAAUGAUCAAGCAGGGUACAACAGUGUACGUGCAUAUGGUCAAUCAAAGCUUGCUAAUAUUUUGCAUGCUAAUGAGCUUGCAAGACGUUUAAAGGAAGAUGGGGCAGAAAUAACUGCAAACUCUCUUCAUCCAGGAGUAAUCGCCACCAAUCUUUUCCGCCAUCUAAGUUUCGUUGAGGGUAUUGUUGGCAAGCUUGGAACAUAUGUGCUGAAAAAUGUUCGGCAGGGGGCAGCAACAACUUGCUAUGUGGCUUUGCAUCCACAAGUCAAGGGGAUAAGUGGUGAAUAUUUUAUGAACAGCAACUUGGCCAAAGUGAAUGCACAGGCUUCAAACAUUGAGUUGACAAAGAAUCUGUGGGAUUUUAGCAUGGACUUGAUUAAGUAA